CCUUGUUCAUAUUCCAAAUUUCCAAAAUGAGUGACGACGAUGUAACCAUAAUGGAGGUGGACGACGAGACCCCGGCCCCGAAACCUUUAAAACCAACUACGAGCACAAAAUCCACAGUCCACCUUCCAUGGAUCGAGAAGUACCGGCCGCAGACGUUCAGCGACAUCGUGGGUAAUGAGGACACGGUGUCGCGGCUGGCCGUGUUCGCCAAGUCGGGGAAUGCUCCGAAUGUCAUCAUCGCGGGCCCGCCGGGCGUGGGCAAGACCACGACCAUCCUGUGCCUGGCGCGCGCGCUGCUAGGGGCCUCCUUCCGCGACGCCGUGCUCGAGCUCAACGCCUCCAACGACCGCGGCAUCGACGUCGUGCGCAACAAGAUCAAGAUGUUCGCGCAACAGAAGGUGACGCUCCCACCCGGUCGCCACAAGAUAGUGAUCCUGGACGAGGCGGACAGCAUGACGGAGGGCGCGCAGCAGGCGCUCCGCCGCACCAUGGAGCUGUACUCCAGCACCACGAGGUUCGCCCUCGCCGCCAACAAUAGCGAGAAGAUCAUCGAGCCCAUACAGUCUCGCUGUGCCGUGCUGAGAUAUGGCCGGCUGUCUGAUGCUCAGAUACUUGCUAAGGUCCUAGAAGUAUGCCAAAAGGAGAACCUCUCGUACACCGAGGAAGGAGCAAGCGCGAUCGUGUUCACGGCGCAGGGCGACCUCCGCUCGGCACUCAACAACCUCCAGGCGACGGCGCAGGGCUCGGGCCACGUGUCGCCCGACAACGUGUUCAAGGUGUGCGACGAGCCGCACCCCAUCAUGGUGCGCGCCAUGCUCGAGGCUUGCACGCGGCAGGACAUACAUGAGGCUUACAAGAUAAUAGCCAAACUCUGCAAGCAAGGCUACGCAGCGGAGGACAUCCUGAGCAACAUGUUCCGCGUGUGCAAGACGCUGGAGGCGCCGGAGCCGCUGCGCCUCGCCUUCAUCCGCGCGCUCGGGGUCACGCACAUGCGCGCCGCCGACGGGCUGGGGAGCCCCCUGCAGCUGGCUGGUCUACUGGCCAGGAUGUGCCAAGCGGCCGGCGGCGGGGGCGAGUGAGGGGGCGGGAGUGAGUGAUGAACUUAGACAAAGUGAUAAGGAGUCGAAAUAGUGAUGAAUGUUGGAAAAAGGAAGUGUAUGAAUUUGUUGGGUUGUCAUAGGAAGUUACGGAUCUAUUGAUGACAUCCAAAAGUAUGAUGAAGAGGGCAACAGAAGGCUCUUUGUAUGAUUGUUCGUCAGUUAUUGUAUUAAGUUAGCCUGAAUCUUGAGUUAUUAUAUUGUAAAUAAACUGUUAUUUUUAUA